AUGUCAAGAGAUCCAUACCACGAUUUCGCAUCAGACCUGAAAUCCUCCCUCUCCUCCGCCCGUUCUCUCUCUCAAUCCUACCGUCAACUUCUUCAAUCAUCUUCAUCAACAGCACGCGCAUCUUCAUCAUCUGGCGGCGAGAUUGACUCGGCAUACGACCGACUCUCAGACGCAAUCGAAGGCUUACGGCAGGACGUAGAAGAUGUAAAACAGUCCGUCCUCGUCGUGGAGCGUAGUGGUGCAGAAAGGUUUGGAGUGACACUGGAAGAAUUGAAGAGGAGGAAAGAGUUUGUUGCCGAAUGCGAGGCUGAGAUCGAUUCAUUAUCCAAAGUAGUAAAACAAUCCCCACCAUCUGGCAGAGCUUCCUCAACCAAAAUCAACCUCCCAGAAGAAGAAGACGAAGAUGCAACUGAAGCUUUCGAACGUGAACAACAACAGAUCUUGAUAUCGCGCCAAGACUCAACCCUGGACAAGAUCGGCACCACCCUCAAUUCGCUCCGCAACCAAGCUGGCAUGAUGGGACAAGAGAUCGGCGAACAGAUCGAUAUCAUUGAUGCGUUCGAUACAGAAGUAGAUCAAAGUCAAGGGAGGUUGAGUAAAGCAAUGCGGAAAAUGGAUGAAGUGGUUAGGAUUAGCGAUGAAAGAUUGGGAGGUUGGUGUGUUUGGAUCUUGAUCGUGGUGCUGUUUUUGUUGUUGUUGGUUGUGUUUUUGAUAUGA